AACGAGAAUACCUUGUCGUGAUUGGCUGAUGGUGAUGUAAUGUUUGGAUAAAGCAUUGUUUGUGCCAUGUGUGCUGGUCUCGGUGUUUUGAAUAAACGAAAGUUGUAUGUUAAUGAUGAAUUAUUUGUUAAUUUAAAAGUGAAACUGCGUUAUAAUUCUUGGAAACGAUGUUAUCCAGUAUUAUUUGUUGGAGUGUUAGCUCUAUGCAAGACCUUGGUUUCAAGUGCCUCAACAAAAGGUAAAUGUUUGCUACCUUGAAUGAUUUAAAUGCUGUAUUCGGUGACGUUCUUAUGAACAUAGAUUUAAGAACGAACAUAUAAUAUUGAAAACGACCUCUGGCAAAAACUAGAAAUAUCCAUACGCAACAACAAUCACGGCGCGUUGAAUUUAUAGAGGAUAGUAUUUGUGAUUGUGACAAGAAAUUCGUCGAUUUGUUGGGCAACAAAUGGCUCAUGUUGAGUUAUUUGAAAGAGUUACCGCAAGAAUUUCCUUAGAAAUAGGUAAACAAUACUUGGCAGACAUAAAGGAAGCAUGCAAGAAGACUGGGGCAGACUUUCAUGAAGCAGCCAAUGAAAUAUUGAUUUCAGGAAACUGGAAACAAGUUGAGGAGGCUAGAGGCAUUAUCACCAUGGUGAUAAGUCACCAACUAAAGUAUCAGAGUCACCAACACGAUAAUAGUAAACAUGGUUACCUGUCUUUUGACACAAAGCCAUAUGUUUUGAAAUAUAUUGAAACUUUUCAAUCAAAUUAUUUGAGAGACAUUGAAAAUGAGUUUAAAGUGAAAAUACAAUGGAACGAACACUACAGUAAUGUUCGCAUGAUACAUCGCCCUGAUUCACCCUCCACAUUUAUAUCUGAAGGUUUUGAAAAGUUGAAGCAAAUCUAUCAGUAUUUUUCUAUUGAACUUAUCAACAUGGACAUCAAAGUAAAUGAAAUGUUUAAAGAUAUAUGGAAUAGUGUGUUGUUAUCUUUACCUCAUGAUGAUCAAGGCAAUGGCAUUAUUUAUGAGUGGUUUCCUGAUGAAUCUGUAUUGAGGUUCUUGGGAACACGUGAUCUCCUGGAGAAGCUAAAUAUAAUUAUCAAAGAAAAACUAAACAUCAAUAAAGCCAUACAUCAAGAAAAUGUUCAAUCUAUUUCACCCCAUGCUCCUCCAAAAGAUGUUUUAUCUCAUGAGACAGUUAAUGGUCUUAAAGUGGUUGUUUGUCAUGGUGAUAUUACUAAAGAAAAUACUGACAUCAUUGUAAAUGCUUGUAACAAACACCUAGACCAUGCUGGUGGUGUAAGUUAUGCUAUUGCACAAGCAGGUGGUCGUGUAGUUAAACAGGAGUCAGAUGAUUUUGUCAAAAGACAUGGAUAUGUUAAAGUAGGUGAAGUUGCAACUACAUCUUCUGGUUAUCUUAGCUGUAAAAAUAUCAUACAUGCUGUUGGUCCACAAUGGAAAGUUGAUGGCCCAGAAGAAACAAAGAAAAUCUUCCAUAAACUCUUUCAAAAUGUUUAUAAAGCUGCUUUAAAAGUAAAUGCAAAAUCCAUGGCAAUGCCCGCCAUUAGUUCCGGUAUCUAUGGUGUCCCCAAAAACGUUUGUGCUAAAGCAACGUUUGCAUUUUUGACUGAACUUGAUAACCAUCUUGCUUUGGACGGUAAAUCUUCUUUUGAGGUUCGUUUAGUCAAUAUUGAUGUUGAAACUGUAAACGCGUUCACUUCGGCGAUGAACAAAUGGAAAAUGGAAAUAUCAUCAAACGGGAAAAAAAUUCAAAGAAGACAUAGUUUAGAUUCUUUGAAAAAGAAAGUAAAUAAAACAUCAAAUGAUUCGGGAUCGUAUGACGAUACAACAAAAAUGCCAACAAUCAAAAGUUCUCUUUCUGUCUUUGACAAUUCUUCAAAAUUGAAAACUAAACCUGACACACAUCGAAGUUCGUCUUUGGAAAAGUCGAAGAAAUCUAAUUUUAACGAGUAUAGAUCAUCCUCCUCAGCAUCGUCAUCGUCAGGCAAACGACAUGAAAACACCAAAACUACCUACAUCUCUAAUGAUGUCCAUGAUACAUCCUCUGAUAAACAUCUAAAGACCUUUGGAAAUGUUCAACAGAUGAACCAUCGUUGUUCAACUCACGAAAAAGAUCUCGGCAGAAUGAGCAGUUUAACAAUAAACGAUCGUGGAAGUGUUGUUUCAUCAAAUGAUAAAGAGCAAUGUACAAUAUGUCAUUCACCAUAUGAAAACAAGUUGACUUUGAAAAAAUGUGGUCAUACAUUUUGCAAAGAUUGUAUCGAGAAAGCUUUUACAUAUCAAAAGAAAUGUCCAAUAUGUAAUAUGGCUUAUGGAGUGACCGAAGGUGAUCAACCUCCAGGUACAAUGGAGGUUAGAAGCCAUUCGUGGAGUUUGCCUGGAUACGAUGGUGACGGAUGUUACGUCAUCGAUUACAUCAUACCCGAUGGAACACAAAGCAGCAAUCACCCGAACCCAGGAAAACGAUUUUCUGGUACAAAACGUCGGGCAUACUUACCUGCAAGUAAAGAGGGUGAUAAGGUGUUGAGAAUGUUGAAAAAAGCAUUUGAUAUGAAAUUAGUGUUUACAAUUGGUCGAUCAAAUACCACUGGUCAAGAUGAUUGUGUUACAUGGAAUGAUAUUCACCACAAAACUAGUAUCAAGGGGGGACCUACAAGUUUUGGCUAUCCUGAUCCGACAUAUUUAAAUAGAGUGACAGAUGAGUUGAUGGCAAAAGGAAUCACGCUUGAGUAAGAUUUAUUUAAAAAUCGUUGUUUAGACUGCUUUUUGUACGCUGUCUUUCACGAGCGACAUAAACAAUAACGAGAAAUAAAACGAAGAGUGUUUCUCCAAGGCACAGUCUAAGGUUUAAGGAAAGAAACAAAAGAAAUUUCGUCAAGUGAAGAUUCCUAUGUGUUCUUGCGUUAAAGGGUUAGUUGUAUAUGUUUAAUGUCAAAGUGAAACCAGGCGUAG